AAUCUAAUUAAGUAGCGGAAGCCAGCCGCAUUACAUCAUUGAAUUUAGAGUUAUUAUGAAAGAGGAGGAGUAGUUGCAUUAUUAAUCAGCAGAAUCUUUUGAUAGAUUUCACUAAUACUACUUCUGAUAAAACAGAAUCAUCUCCAGAAUAUAAUGAGCAUAUACCUUUGUAUCAUGUCAACAAGCUUACUACUUUAAGUUAUGGAUUGAUAGUCAUAACUAUAUUUGCAUUUUUCCCAUUAAGUAUAGGUAAUGGUGUUUGAAGCUGUCUGUGAUAAGCUGGCAAGUAGUUAAUUAUCAUCUGAAAUUAAUGCACACCAUUAUCGUUAUGUUAGACAUAGUCUUCUGAUAUUGUAUAUAUGAAGUCAACCAGAUUUCAGCCGACUUAUUUUCUUUUUUCGUACCUUUUUUCAUUUCUAUAUUCUGUUUUUGUACUAAUCUGUCUGCUGCUAACAAAUAAGAAGACCUAUUGUUAAUAGCCUGCUUGUUCUGUUUAUCAUGUUAACAUACAAUCUCUAACAAAGCUUUACUGGUCCUAAUAUGUUUAGCAAUCCUAUCUUUGAUCGGUAAAAUCAUGCCUGCUUCUUGUACUGAUUGUUAUGGUUGUAGAUACCAUGCCUAAGGUCUCACCUUAACAUUAAAAACUGAUCAUCCAGUUCUGAUUAAUAUCUCUGUUAUCUUCUCUAAUUUGCCUGACUUUGGUGGAUUUAGUUACAGGUCUAAAGUGUUUAGCCUAUAAUACUUAAUAUCUAUUGGAGUUUAAUCAUGAGUUGUUUCUCUUGGUUGGUGUAUCUGUUUAUCUUUAAAUGACUGCCCUAAGUUGUUUAAUUUCAUCAAAGUUUCUACCAUUAAUGACACAGGCACACUAAUUGUAAAAAGGUAUGUGUUGUUACUGUUUAAACCUUAUGAAACAGUAGACCUCUAAUGAAAACUCAAUAAGUGAAUGCAUGUGUUUGUCUUUUGCUAACUCCAGUUGAUGCUUUAAACCACCUAGAGUGACAUUCUUGAAAUUAAAGUUAUCUGUAACAUAGCAAGCAUGCUCAUAUAAGUGUAUAGUUAACAAAUUAUGCUUUCUGACUCUCUCUUGAUUAUGUUUGGAGAAAUGAUUCCUAAGAAUUUUGUAUUGAUGUUAUAAUAUGUGGAAUGAUUCUGAGUUGACUUUUAAGCCUUGAAAACUGCUAAGAACUUUGAGAGCUUAUAUGUGGUGAUAUAUCCUUACAUCAUGCAUUUUGAUAGUGAUCACUUACUAAAGAUAGUUUCAAACUGAAUCAUGUGUUAGUCCCCAUUCAUUUAUGGCAUUUUACUCAAGUGAUUGUUGUGAAAUUUAAUAUUUAUAGAGUCAUUCAUAGUUAAAAUGUUGAAGGUAUUACAAUUAUUCAAAGUAGGAACCUUUAGAAGAAUAUCUCAAUAGUUUUUUCUCUUGAUGUAGAUGGAAUUUGAACAUCGUAGAUGGAUGUAUAAUAGGACUCAUCCUAAUCGUGCGGGAUUGAGGGAGGAAUUUAUAGAAGGAGUUGCGGGGUUUAUUGCUAAGGCGAAAUCGCUAAAUGAUUUUCUUAUUGAAGGGACAAUUAGGUGCCCUUGUGUUAAAUGCAAGUGUGUCAAGUUAUUGAGACCAGAUGUAGUUGAACUUCAUCUUUACAAGAAUGGAUUUAUAGAAAAUUAUUAUGUGUGGACUGUUCAUGGAGAGAAUCAUGAUUUUCAUAAUUCUUUUGGUGGUGAGGGUAGUCCCAGAGUAGAGAAUAAUUUUGAAAAUUCUCGAUUCAAUGAAAUGAUGAGAGAUGCUUUUGAGAUGUUCCCAGGGGCUCAAUCCGAACCAAAUGAUGAGGCUAAGCGCUUUUAUGAACAAUUAGAGGAAGCUAGUCGUCCAUUGUAUGAAGGCUCAAUGCAUUCCAAGUUGUCUGUUGCAAUUAGACUACUAACUAUCAAAUUUGAUAGUUCUAUUUCUCAAGCGGGCAUGGAUUCUAUCAUUGGGCUUAUGAAUGAACUGAAUCCGAAUAAAAUUGACUUACCCAAAGAUUUCUAUACUGCAAAGAAAUUGGUGUCCAAGUUAGGACUUUCAUCAGAGAGGAUUGACUGUUGUGAGAAAGGAUGCAUGUUAUAUUAUAAGGAUGAUGCAGCGUUAGAAAAUUGUAAGUUUUGUAACCAACCUGGUUAUAAGGAGGCUACAAAUGCUAAUAAAAAGAAGGUUCCAGUGAAGGCGAUGCAUUACUUACCACUUAUACCAAGGUUAAGGAGGUUGUAUGCAUCAAUGAGCUCUGCUCCUCAUAUGAGAUGGCACUAUGAACAUAGAAGGCCAACCGGUGUUCUAUAUCACCCGUCAGAUGGAGAAGCAUGGAAGCAUUUUGAUAGGGUGUUCCCGGACUUUGCAAGUGAACCAAGAAAUAUUAGGUUGGGAUUAUGUGCUGAUGGAUUCACUCCAUUUGCAGUCUCUGCCGUACCAUAUUCAUGUUGGCCAGUGUUUGUUACGCCGUAUAAUCUUCCUCCAGAGUUUUGUAUGACAAGUCCAUAUUUGUUCCUAACUUGUAUUAUUCCAGGUCCACGCAAUCCAAAAAGUUUGAUUGAUGUAUACAUGCAGCCAUUGAUUGAUGAGUUAAAGUUAUUGUGGCAUCAAGGUGUGGAAACCUAUGAUAUAUCAACUAAACAGAACUUCAGAUUGCGUGCCGCUUUAAUGUGGACUAUAAAUGAUUUUCCUGCUUAUGGAAUGCUAUCCGAGUGGUCUACUGCUGGAAAGUUAGCCUGCCCGAGUUGCAUGGAAGACACAAAAGCGUUCACUUUGAAACAUGGAGGAAAAGUUAAAAGGGGGACCAGUGUCUGAUGCUGAGGUCUUUGCGGAGACAUAAGAAAAAGAAGAAAGAUGGUUCAAGGGAAGGAUGGGUUGAGACACGUGCAUCGGAACAAUAUGAUGGAUUUUGAAGCUUAGAUGAAUGGUGUCAGAUGCAGCCUGCUUCUGAUGAUGGUACCCCAAUCCAACCGUCACCCGAUGUUAUGACUUCAAUAUAGACGGAUGUAGCAAGUGGUGUAUCCAAAGGAAGAGUUUACGGGCUUGGAGUACAACGGCCUUCCUCUUUUCGUCCAUCGCCAUUAGUUUCGGAUUCUCCUAAUCAGGAGGAAAUGGGAGCAAUGCAAAAGAAUUAUUGAGUUGUUGUCGAAACGAUGUGAGACGACCGAAGCUCACAUUGCUAGAAUGGAUAAAUACAUGAAAAAAUACAUGCCCCACUUUUAUGAUGAUGAAGAGUCUGAUUCUGAUGUGUAGUAGUGAUUUAAGGUUGAUUACUGUUCUUGGAUGUUUAAAUUUUAUAUUUAGACUUUAUGGUAGAUUUGAAUGAUGUGGUAUAUAUAUGUUUAGACCUUAUUAUAUUAGUGUCGAUAUGUAUUAGCUACUCAGACUUUAUAUUAAAUAUUUCGACGUUAAGUAAUGUUUUGGUUUGACAUUA